AUGCUAUACACGCAGCCCGAUCUCAGCAUCCGGGGGUUGGCGCGGCUAGCUAACUUGCAACCGAAGCAGAUUCGCGAAUGGCAGAAAUUGAAGGAGCGAAUCCUUGUUUCAGCGGCGUGUCGUCGUCGCCUUGUUGGCGAAGCCUUCAAGGCGGGCAUCCGACACCGCUACGGCACCUGGUUCGAGGAGGACGGGAUCACAAGCACAACUCCCACAGAGGACAGGAGCCAGGAUCAUCUGAUCCUGGCGCACAUGCGGGAUUCCGGCGAGGUGGAGGUGCUGGAAGACGUGAUGGAGGAGGAGCAGGAUGAACUGGUCCCCAACCCGUUCUACCCGGCCCCUGUGGUCACCCCUCCCGAUGUGACUGUCGAGAUGGAGGAGGAGGCCGUGCUGGCCGAUGAAGCAGAGGAGGCCGAUGAGGAGGCAGUACCUGCUAAGUCAGACUCGAGCGAGUCCCACGAUGGAAACGCGAACGAAGCUGACGAGUGGAGCGACGAAGGGGAUGAAUGGUGGGCCCCUGGUCGCUAUGAGGGGGCUGAGGUAGAGGAGUGGGUGGCGGGUUACGAAGAUGAGUAG